AUGCUGAAAAUGUUGUCUGUUUUACGACGAAAUCUCCAAAACUUUCGAAAAAGCCCUCGCGUGGCGGACGAAAGCGCCUUGCCUUCGCCUUCCACGGAGAGACGAAACGGCGUGAUGAGGUUUCCGUUAUCGAUCAUAUCAUGCUUCGCAGUUCCACGUGGCAGCAGAACAGAUGGUGUGUGGGUGUCAGGAGAUUACGGAAGGGUCUCUGAGGCUAACCAUCUCAUGGUUUGUGAUGGCAUGAGAUACGCUCUCUUAAUGUAA